AUGCGCCGAGCCGCUCUACUCCACCUCACAUCCACCCUAGUGGCAGCGCAGUCCGCCGACCUAGCCAGCCAUGUCCUAACAGACACCGGCUCCGUGGGAGGCGGAAACACCUUCCCGGGCGUCUCCCGCCCGCUGGGCAUGGUCAAGCUAGGCCCGGACCUCGAAAACGGCGUCGACGCCUACUCAGGCUACCUCCCCGCCGGCAAUGUCACCGGCUUCUCCAUGCUCCACGAGUCGGGUACCGGCGGGGCGCCCAAGUACGGCGUCGUCAACCAGAUGCCCGUGGUAGGCGUUCUCGACAACCCGCUCCAGGUUAACCAGAGCACAGAUACCCGGGCCCGGCCGGAUGAAACGGAGCUCGGGCAUUACAGGGCGUUCCUCGGCUCCGGGGUCGUGGUGGAGUUGGGGGCUUCGGAGAGGGCUGGGAUGUAUGCGUACACGUUUCCUGGGAACAAUGGCAGUGGCGCGAGCAACAAUAUCAUUGUUGAUGUCUCGCAUGUUCUGCCAUCGUACAGGGGGCAAGGUCUUGGGCAAAACUACCUCGGCGGAGGAAUCGAGGUAUUCGAUACCAGCGAUGGGGUUCACUACGAAGGAUACGGGUACUACGAUAAUGGCUGGAACCGCGCCGCCGAGUGGAAAGUCUUCUUCUGCGGCCACUUUGACCAGCACCCCUCCUCCUUCAAAACCUUCCUCGGCACCGACCUCACAUCAGACGCCCUCUCCGCAUACGGCAAUGAAGCGACCUCGUACGAAUCUCGCACGCAGCGCCUAGGUGCCGUCUUCACGUUCGCUGACCCGGCCGUCACCUCCCGCGUCGGCGUAUCCUUCAUCUCGACCGCCCAAGCAUGCCGCAACGUCAACGUCGAGAUCCCCGCGGGGACAAGCCUCUCGACCGUCAGGACGGCAACCCGCGAGGCGUGGACGACAGAGGUGCUCUCCAAAGUGACGACGACAGAGACUAACACAACCAAGUUGGACCAGCUGUACACGGCCUUGUACUUUAUGAACCUCCUCCCCACCAACAAGACGGGCGAGAACCCGCUCUGGGAGUCGUCCGAGCCGUACUACGAUGACAUUUUCACCUUCUGGGAUACCUUCCGUUGCACCACAUCCCUACUCCAAAUCCUCCAACCCCAAGCCCACGAAGAAUUCAUCCGCUCCACAAUCGACAUCUGGCGCUUCACAGGCUACGCCUCGGACGCCCGCUCCUCCUUCUUCAAUGGCGCCGUCCAGGGCGGCUCCAACGCAGACAACGUCCUCGCAGACGCCUACGUCAAGAACGAAGGCCGCGGCGCCCUCCCGGACUGGCUCGACCUCGGCUUCAUCUCCCCAACCUACGCCCGCGCCGUCACCCGCGCGGUAGAGUAUGCCGUCAACGACUAUGCCAUCUCCCAAGUCGCGCGGGGCCUGGGCCAAAACGACACGGCGGACGCCUACCUACAGCGCUCCCGCAACUGGCGCAACCACUGGAACGAAAACAUGACGGCCCACGGCUUCAACGGUUUCCUCGGCCCCCGCAACGCAGACGGCUCGUUCCCUCUCCCGGCACAAGACCCCCUCGACUGCGGCGGCUGCUACUGGGCCGAGGCGUACUACCAAGCCACGCCGUGGGAAUAUACCUUCAACGCGCACCACGACGCCGCGCACCUCAUCGACCUCGCCGGCGGACCCGAGCUUUACGCCGCGCGCCUGGAAAAGACGUUUGAACCGGGCGGGUACGCAGGCAACACCGCGUUCGGCAACACAAUCUUCAACCCGGGCAACGAGCCCUCCUUCGGCACGCCGUACCUCUUCAACUUUGUCAACAAGCAGCACCUCGCCGUGCGCCACGCCCGCUUCGUCGCCAAGUCGUACUACAAGCCCACGCCGGACGGGUUACCGGGGAACUCGGACGCGGGAGCAAUGGAAUCCUGGCUGCUCUGGAACAUGAUUGGUCUCUACCCCCUUACGGGCCAGACAACGUUCCUCAUCGGCUCACCCUGGUUUUCCGACUUGACCAUCGCCCUUGGUGGUGGUCGCGAGUUGAGGAUUACCUCGACGGGUGGGUCCGAGGACGUGUACUACGUCCAGAGCCUGCGCGUCAACGGACAGGCGUGGGACAAGACGUGGGUGACGUGGGAUGAUAUCUUUGCCGGGGGCGGGACGCUGGAGUUUGAGCUGGGGCCAGAGCCGGUGGAGUGGGCCUCGGGAGAGCUGCCACCGAGCCCGGCGAGUGUCGUCGGUGGCCAGAAGGAGGAGGUUGCGGCGCUGAGACAGCAACGGCAGCGGCGGUGGCGAUAA